AACCAUUUCACCUUCAUUUGUUUUUUUCAAACCCAUAACAUUCAUUCUCUCAUCUCGAAUUCAACCGCACACAACAAUACACCUCGCAUCAUCCAGAUACUAAGGUAUAUUUAAUUGCACACUCUUCCACGUAUCCAUUGAUAAACUUUCAUUCGCUUAUCAACAUCGCUUGCAUUAAUUUCAUACCAAGUUUGCGACCUACACGACUGUUCAACGUCGUUUUCAGUCAAAAUGGCGGACAACAGUAGCAACAAGCAGCACAAGUAUAGGCAGGAGAUCCAGCAGAUGAUGUACGUCUCUGGUGAGACCGGAGAGCCUUCUGUUGAGACCACUUCUAUGAUCGAGGAGAUUGUUCGGCAGCAAGUCAUCGAAAUGCUGCGAAGCUGUACCGAGCUGGCUACGCGCCGUGGCUCGAGAUCCAUCACCAUCAACGACCUGAUAUUUCAAAUUCGUGACGACGCACCUAAAGUGUCGCGCCUCAGGACCUUCUUAUCAUGGAAGGACGUCCGCAAGAGCGCCAAGGAUUCCGACGAGAAAGGCGGAGAUGCCGACCUGGGCGUCGCUGAUGACCCUGCUGGCGCUGUCAUGCCCGGUGGCCCCGCAGUGGAAGAGGCCGCUAAGAAAAAUAAAAAGGCCAAAGUUAAGCUUCCAUGGGAACCCUCUUCGUUGUAUAGCCAGGAGGUGCCGGAACGCGACGACGAGGAAGACGAGGAGGAAGAGGAGAUGAACUACAUCACGCUCCAGCGACUACGCAAAGCCGAUGAGCGGACCAAGGCUAUGACUAGGGAGGAAUACGUCACAUGGUCCGAAUAUCGACAGGCAUCCUUCACAUACCGAAAGGGCAAGCGAUUCAGGGAGUGGGCCGGAUUCGGUAUCGUGACGGACAGCAAACCUUCGGAUGAUAUCGUGGAUAUCCUCGGCUUCUUGACCUUCGAGAUGGUCCAGACGCUUACCGAGGAGGCGCUCAAGAUCAAAGAGCAGGAAGACCUAUGGAAGGAACGGAGCGGAGGCGAGAACCCGGGUACCAAGAAACGAAAGCGUACCCAAGGACUAUUCGAUCUGCCCAACGAGGGAAGGAUCCCCGUCGAAGCGCGCCACAUCCAAGAAGCGUUUCGAAGACUGCAGACCCGACCAAAGAAAUCUCGCGCCAUGCUUAACGGCACGAACCUUCAGCAGAGGACCAGCUUGAAGAUAUUCUAAGUUUUUACGGAGGAAUCGACAUGAGAAAGAGGGAGGCGAUCUGCAGCUAUUGUCCUAGUCUGGAUUUUAUUUAUUUACUUUUUCACCUCUACAACAGAUUACGGGCUUAUGAAGUUCAUUCUCGGCGAAUACGGAGGACCAGCGACGACGACCACUUUUAUAUCAAGGGAUAUCUAGGAUGGAUGGAGUUUUGGGCGACUCGAUUUAUCGUGAUUUGCGGUUUUUGGAUGCAUGAAGACAUAUGAUUGUCUGCAGCGGAUUGGGAGUAAUGGGGGAAUGGGGGGCAUUGUUACUCAACAAGUUUGCAGCAAAUACUUGGUACAUUUUACAAAUAUAUUCAUUUUAUUACCCCCCACUCUUGGUUAUCAUUAUUCCAUUUAUAUAUACCUCCUACUCAUUUAUAUAUUCAGCUCGUUAUUAUGUGUAUAUACCUAAUACCCAAGGUCCCGUUCCGACUAUGUACCUAUGAAGU